GCCAGCAGGUGGCAGUGUUCAACCUUCACAGACAAGGGCGUCGUUUUAAACGGAGAAAUGAGAGCCUAGUGAAUGUUCGUUUUUUUGUUGCACGAUGCUGCGUUCAAAUUCUUCGGACAGUAAACUGAAUGUACUGGUCAGCAAACUGCACGAGUAUUUGGCCCAUUCUACUCCAGAGGACAGCAAUGGCUCAGCUGAGACUGAUGAUGUGACAAACAGGAAUGGUCCUGUGGAAAAUUCAGCUGGUCAACAUACAAUGGAGCAGGCUGCUGCAGACACAAAAUUCUCCAAAAGAAAACCUUCUGUUGUGACAAAGCACUCUGGCCUGGAUGAAUCUGGGGACUCUAACGAUAGCGACAAUGUGGAUUUCCCGUUCAGUGCAAACGGUCACUCGGAGGUCACUCGCUUGCCUAAAGGCACCGUUGUGGUUCGACCUGAACCUGUAGAUAACGGAAGAGAUGACUUCAGGGGGCCAGAAUUUCGCAGCCGCAAAAAUAACGCUAUACGUAAAGAAUUUUCAAGAAGACGUGGAGGAGGCGAACUUUUGGAAAUUGUCAGUUGCUCUGCUUGUGGCCGGCAAGUGAACCAUUUCCAGAGAGAUUCUCUUUAUCGCCACCCAGUUCUGAAAGUACUAAUUUGCAAGUCUUGUUACAAAUAUUACUCAAGCGAUGACAUCAGCAAGGAUGGAGAUGGAAUGGAUGAGCAGUGCCGAUGGUGCGCAGAAGGGGGCAACCUAAUCUGCUGUGAUUUCUGCAGUAAUGCCUUCUGUAAGAAGUGCAUUCUUAGAAAUUUGGGGCGGAAGGAGCUCUCUGGUAUCUUGGAGAGCAAGUGGUACUGCUAUGUCUGUAAUCCGGAGCCACUCUUUGGCCUUGUGAUUGCUUGCGACAACGUGCUGGAGAACAUGGACCUGUGGCAACAUCACCGCAAGAGGAACCGCACAGAGCCGGGGAAGUCUGAACUUGAUGGCAUGCUGCCGCUACCUCAAAUUAUUCCCCUGGCUAAAUGGGACCACACUAGCAUGGAUUGUAGUGUUGUCUUUAACUACAACACACUACAAGUCUCCAAAGAUAUGACCACUAAGGUCAAACAUUUAGUGGACUCAACAAACAAUGUGAACACACAUUUCCUUCAUUUCAUUCAUAAUGUGACGAAGACUAAACAAGCAGCAGGUGUUCGUAGCCUCUAUCUGAAGUCUUUUCUGACAGUGGUGAAAGCAAUUCGAACGUCUCUUGCUGCACUCGAGGAAAACCUUAAAGAAGAAUUUAGUGACUUGGACAUCUCCAGCUUUUGGGAAAGGUUACUUAGUGACAGUUUUACAGGCCAACCUGCAGCUGAAGCAGAGGCCAAGGUCCCCACUGACGGAUGCUUGAAUCAUUUGCCAAAGUUGUCUGAUGAAUAUGUGGAAGAUGAUGACUCUGACUGUAAAAUCAUCACUGAUGAGGGUUGCUCAAAUAAGCAAGGUGAUUCUCCUUCACAGAAUAUGGAGCCAAAGUCUCCCGACAGCGAUCUAGACAUGGGAAAAAAGUUAGUGGUCCAACUCACGCCAGUACCUGUGGUGCACGAGGCCUGCUUAGAUGCUCCAGGGGGACCAGAAGACACAAAGGAAGACGAGAAUAAAGACAAAGAUGUGUCAGAGAAUGAAGAGAUGGUUGUUGCUGAUAGCAAAGACCACCCAAUCACAUUGCUCCACACAGAAGAGGAACUAGGCAAUCGACGUUCUCCUCGUGUGAAAACAACCCCUCUGCGUCGCCCCAGUGAUGUCAAAGGUAAAACAUCUCACUCACCUGCUGACAGUGAAAGUGACUCAGACCCAGAAGAACCUCCUAGCUCAACUGCAGCCCAAACCACAGAAGAACUAAGCCUAAACCAGGCGAGAGACGACUCCGACUCAGAUGAAAUCCCUGCCGUACUUCUUGAGCGGGCAGCUCUGACUCAAAGCUCUGAUGAACACCAGAGUGAUGAAGAUGGCGGUCAAGCAACUACCAAAGUGGCCAAGAAGUGUCUUUUCUGGCUAACAAAGAACACCCCAAUAUCGCCGGAGAGACUUCGUCGCAAACGAAAGCUGCUGGACCGUUCGCCUGAUUCUGACUCCAUUGCUAAGGCACAACGAGAAAGGGGAACAGAUUCCUCUAGCGACGAUCAAGACUUGCAGGAUAAAGUGGAGCACCUGAAAACCCUGGGCUCCAUUGGCAAGAUCCACCUUGUCAAGGGGGACACUGAAGGGUUUUCGAGGAAGCAAGGGAUGGCGCCUGCCAGAAGGCCAAAGAUCCGUUCUCACCAGGAAGCGAUAGAGAUGACGACAUCAUCAAGCGAGGAUGACAAUGAUGACGACUCUGGGAGUGAUGUGGAUGAUCAGAAAAUUAAACCAAUCACAGAAGAUAUGGCGUUACUGGGACCAGCUGUCUUCCAUCAAUCAUCUGGAGAUGAGGACCAAUCUUGCCCCACCUGGGCAGCAGGGGAUGACGACGACCCCGAAAAUAGAAUCGCUAAGAAAAUACUUUUGGCCCAAAUCAAUGCCAACUUGUCCUCGGAUGAUGAUCUCUCAUCAGAUGUGGAAACACAGGACGAUGGGCCUGCUUCUGAGGCUGAAAAGGAGCUAAGACAAGCCAGUGUGGAUAGUGGACAAGAGGAAAAUGGGGAAAAUUUAGCCUCCCCCGCCUCUGACUCUGAUCGACCCAAUGUGGAAAACCAUCACCUACUGCGCCACAAACUGAUGCUGGAUGAGGCUGUAGGAAGUGACAUUGUGGAAUCAGGGAGUGAAGCAGGGAAGCCAGAGAAGAAUGACAGACUUGUGCCCAAGCCCUUGAGCACUGAUGGGGAGAGCAGGGAUCCUGAGAAUAAUGUGUCAGAGCUGGAUGACGGUGCAAUGAGCGAGGAGCUGAGUGAAUCAGAGGAGGAGGUACAGCUUAAAAGUUUAUCCCCCAAAUUGAAGGAAAUGUCCCGGGUGCCGUACAUUUUAUUGUCCGACUCCAGCAGCGAGAAGCAGAGCGCGAAAGAGGACACAGAAGGGGAAGUCAACAACAGCCAGGGCACGCCCAGAAGACGCAAAAAAAUCCGCAAAAUUAUAGAAGAUGGGAAUCUCCGAGCUGAGACUCAGGAAGCGCUGCGUGAAGAGGUGGAGCGAUGCAGACGGUUGGCAAUUAGGGAGCAACAGAUGGAGGAGAGACGAGUGAUAACCAUCAUAGAUGAUGAGCUGUCUCAAGGUGCAUGUUCCGUCACCACCAAACUGAUUCUGGAUCAGGAUGAGAAGACCAAGACCCCUUUAGUUGAAGUGCAUGAAAAACUGGUGACCAGACUCAAGCCCCAUCAAGUGGACGGAGUCCAGUUCAUUUGGGACAGCUGCUGUGAGUCCAUGAAGAAGGCCAACUCAAGUCCAGGAUCCGGCUGCAUCCUGGCUCACUGCAUGGGCCUGGGGAAAACUCUGCAGGUGGUUACCUUGCUUCACACAGUAUUGCUGUCAAAGAACCUACAUUUCAAAACUGCCCUGGUUGUUUGUCCUCUCAACACAGUUCUCAACUGGAUUAACGAGUUCAGCAAAUGGCAGAAAAAGUUGGGGAAGGACAAGGUUAGGGUUAUUGAGCUGGCCACAAUUAAGAAUUCAACUGAGCGACUCCGAGCUCUGCAGACCUGGCACACUAUUGGAGGUGUGAUGAUAAUGGGCUACGAAAUGUACAGAAACCUGUCACUAUCCACUAAACUUGACAAUGUGGCGUUAAAGGCUGAGUUUAAGCGCAUACUGGUGGAUCCAGGUCCAGACAUAGUGGUGUGUGAUGAAGGGCACAUUCUGCGCAAUGAUACCUCCAGUAUAUCUAAAGCCCUGAAUGCUGUAAAGACGCAGCGAAGAGUGGUUCUUACUGGCACGCCUUUGCAAAAUAACCUGAUGGAGUACCACUGCAUGGUCAACUUCAUCAAGCGGAACCUUCUGGGUUCAUUGGGGGAGUUCCGAAACCGCUUUGUCAACCCAAUACAGAACGGCCAGUGUGCUGACUCCACACCAAAAGACGUCCGCAUCAUGAAGAGGCGGGCACAUGUCCUCCAUGCUAUGUUGAAAAGAUGCGUGCAAAGAAGAGAUUACUCAGAGCUGACUCAGUUUCUGCCUUCCAAGCAUGAGUAUGUGGUUGCAGUCAGGGUGUCACUUUUGCAGUAUAAGUUGUACAGCCACUACCUACAUCAUGUCAGUGGCAUGAGCGGCCAGAUUGGCAAAGAAAAGGUUAAAAUUGGUGCAAACCUGUUUAAAGAUUUCCAAGUACUUGGUCGUGUUUGGACCCACCCUUGGUGCCUUCAGCUCACCCAUAAAGCCAAAGAAAAAAAGUUACAGGGACGUUUAGAAAAGAAGAAUCUCACUGGAGGUGGAGCUUUGCAGCAAAUUAGAGACUCCAUAGAAAGCGGACCAAGUGCGAGGAGCGCCUUGAUUGGUCCGACCAUCGUCAAUGCUGAUGCGGCAUCUGAAGGUCAAUGCUGGUUCCAAAAUCUGCUCUCUCAAGCGGACGCCAAAAUCCUUGAGCACUCAGGCAAGAUGGUGCUCUUGUUUGAGAUCCUGAGGAAGGCUGAAGAGCUAGGUGACAAAGUACUUGUCUUCAGUCAGUCCUUGAUCUCAUUAGAUCUGAUUGAGGACUUCCUGGUGGCUGCUCAUCACAGAAAAACUGACUCAUCAAAGGUGGGAAGCUGGAUUAAAAACGUUGAUUACUACCGUCUGGAUGGCUGCACCACUCCUGUGUUACGUAAAAAAUGGUCGGAUCACUUCAAUAACCAGACCAAUCCACGUGGUCGCUUGUUCCUCAUUUCAACAAGAGCAGGCUCACUGGGCAUCAACCUGGUGGCGGCCAACAGAGUGAUCAUCUUUGAUGCCUCGUGGAAUCCCUCCAAUGACAUUCAGAGUAUCUAUCGGGUGUAUCGCUUUGGACAGACCAAGCAAGUGUUUGUCUAUCGCUUCCUGGCACAGGGCACGAUGGAGGAGAAGAUUUAUGACCGCCAGGUGACCAAACAGUCCUUGUCGUAUCGAGUGGUGGAUCAGCAGCAGAUCGAGAGACACUUCACACUUUCUGAACUGACAGAGCUUUACACGUUCGAACCUGACCUGCUGGGCGACCCUCAUUCCAGGAAAAACAAGAGAAAGACCUCUGAUUUGCCCAAGGAUCAAAUUCUGGCAUUCCUCUUGGAGAAGUGCAAAGACCACAUUGUCAGCUACCAUGAACAUGAAUCUCUGCUGGACCAUAAACAGGAAGAGGAGCUCACUGAGGCAGAACGCAAAGAUGCUUGGGCAGAAUUUCAGGCUGAGUCCAACACAGCCAGCACCCCACUACAACUCAGCAUGGACUCUUUGAAUACCAAAAGCAAUGAGGAACUGGUAGACUUGCUGAACAAGAGCAGAUCAAAAGUAACAGCAGCCUUUCAGUCUCUGCAAGGAAUAACGCCUCACAGCCUGCAGGACUACAUGUUACGACUGCUGCAACUACACCCAGGACUGACGCCAGAUCAAGUCCAGCUGAAGGCCAAGCAGUGGAAACAAUUUGACACGAAGGAGCUGUUACGUAGAAAAGCACUUUAUCAAGAUUUUUUUGCACAGCAGCAAUCACUGACUCAGUACAUCCAGGCCAUCCUAAAACACAGGAGGAAUGAAAAGACGCAGCAGGGGGCGCCCGUUAACAUCCUGCCCACGACAUCAUCGAAGCAGUGAAGCACAUUUGUUUGAUCAUGAAAGACGGUUGCACACUCCAGCGUCUACGCAGUCAGCACUUUAACGCCAACUGGUGUGGUUUUGAACACUUUGUUCGUAUUUCUUAAUCCUUCCUUCAUGCUAUUAAUAUUUUGUAAGUACUCUGAAGAUUUUACCAUUUCUCUACAAAAAGUAAAUAUUAAAGGCAUGUUCUUUGAUAAA